AUGAUGAAGAAACAAAUUGCUUUUCAAAUGGCCGUAACUAGAGAGAGAACUUAUUGGUUCGGUGGUGUAACAACUCUUGGAUUUAUAGCUCUUUUAUCAGCAAAGAUGAGAGGUAAACCAGUACCAGAAGCAGCGAUCGCACCUCUUGUUGCACUUUCAGUAGCCACUGCCUAUCAAUACGAUAUGGCAUUCGGAGAUAAGAUGAACCGUAUCAAAAAGAUGGCUCAAGAUAUCGAGGCCGAUGGAAAUAACUGGUUCGUUCCAAUAGAAGAUGAAACAAUCAUGAAAGAAAUUAAUCAACAUAAAAAUUAA